AUGCUUCCCAUACUCAGAGCAGUUUCUGUUCGAAGAGCUCCGGCAAUCUCAGCCCGGUUUUUGCACUCUUCAAUUAUCGUCCGUAAUGAGCAGGAGCCAAAGAAAACGUCCGAAGCCCAGGAAAAACCGAAAAAGAGACCUUUGAGUAGAGUCGCCAUCGGAGGCUCCCAACAAGGCAGCCUGAAGUAUGCUGCCGGUAACGGAAUCGAGUUUGCUGCAUGGAAGGCCGUGGUGUUGUUGUUUGUCGCUGGCGGCGGCUUCACAUGGUGGUUUACAAAGGAAAAGGAGAAGUUGAGAAUCCAAAAAGAAGUGGAGAGCAAGAGAGGCAUGGGCAAGCCCUUGAUCGGAGGAAACUUCAGCUUGGUUGACACGAACAACCAGCCUUUCACCCAGGAGAACUUGAAGAACGACCAGAAGAAAUUUUCCAUCAUUUACUUUGGUUUCACCCAUUGUCCAGACGUUUGCCCCGACGAAUUAGAUAAGUUGGGCGAGAUGUUGGAGGAACUCAAAAACCACGAUAACAUCGAGUUGCAGCCCAUCUUCAUCACUUGCGACCCUGCUCGUGACUCGCCCGAAAUUAUAGCUCAGUACUUGGAGGAUUUCCAUCCCUCGAUUAUUGGUUUGACGGGCACUUACGAAGCCGUGAAGAACGUGUGCAAAAAGUAUCGUGUGUACUUUUCGACUCCACCAGACGUCAAGCCCGGCCAGGACUACUUGGUUGACCAUUCGAUUUUCUUUUAUCUCAUGGAUUCGGAGGGCCAGUUUGUGGAUGUUAUUGGACGGGAAGUCGACGCCAAAUCGGGUGCCGAGAAAAUCAGAAAGCAUGUGGAUGCUUUCAUCCCACAAGCAGAAAGAGAGGCUAGAAAACUGUCUUGGUUGAGUUUCCUCUACAAGUAG